ACCUCUUAACUCCACCACGGUUGAGCUUAAACCCCUAUUCCCCCUCUUUCUCUUUCUAACUUUCUCUCUCCUCGAAAAGCAGUUUAUAUAUCAGAGACUGGAGACCACUCUCUCACCACUUCAAAUGUCUCAAGUCCCACUACCACCACGAUGAUGCUUGGCGAACCACCACCAACCCGCUCAAAUCCGACCGUCCAAAUUCCUCAGUGGGACUCAUUCGAUGAUCCCACGGCCGGGAUCAACUCCCCAUUCUCCGUCUCCAGUCCUUCCUUCAACAAUGUUGGUGCCGGCGGAGACUGCUCUCAUUACCUCGAGGCCUUCGCCUCGCUCCACCGUUAUCUCCCGUCGAACGAGUUUUUCCCCGGAGAGUCUGACUCGUUGAGCGAUGAGUCUGACUCGGCGGCGCACGCUGUCGACGCCUUCUCCUGCGAUCAUUUCCGCAUGUUCGAGUUCAAGGUCCGGCGUUGCGCGCGCGGGAGAUCUCAUGACUGGACGGAGUGCCCCUUCGCCCACCCAGGGGAGAAGGCCCGCCGAAGAGAUCCCAGGAAGCACCACUACUCCGGCACCGCCUGCGCCGAGUUCCGAAAAGGAAACUGCAAGAAAGGAGAUUCCUGUGAGUUCGCCCACGGCGUCUUUGAGUGCUGGCUCCACCCUGGUCGUUACCGGACCCAGCCUUGCAAGGACGGCCUCAGCUGCCGCCGCCGAGUCUGCUUCUUCGCUCACACGCCGGAACAACUCCGGGUCCUGAGCCCCACCGACUCGCCGGUUCGUCUCUCCAAUGGUUCUUUCGGCUCGUCGCCGACUUCGAUCCUCACUUCGCCUCCAAUUUCUCCGCCAUCGGAGUCGCCGCCCAACAGCCCUCAGAACUCGGAGCUUGUGGCUGCGAUGAGGAACCUUCGGAUUGGGAAGUCGAAGAUGAAUUCUCCUCCUUCGUGGGGGUUCGGUUCGCCACGUGGCGGGUCGAUGCUCCGACCCGGAUUUUGCAGCGUUCCUUCUACUCCGACUCAGGGUCAGGUCCCGAACCUGUGGGACCAGUCCUGCGAUGAGGAGCCGACGAUGGAGAGAGUGGAGUCUGGGAGAAAUCUGAGGGCUAUAAUGUACGCGAAGCUCAGUAAGGAGAACUCGCUCGGCCGAGUUGACUCGCCGGGGUCAGGUGCGCCUGACGUGGGCUGGAUUUCGGAGCUCGUCAAGUGAAGCCAAACCUGUGGAGCGAUGUCGUUUUGGCUUCUCGAAUUUUUUUUUUGGUUUUUGGCUGUUGGGUUUUGUUAAGAAUCGGUGGCCUUUGAUCUUCUGACUUUCUGUGAAUACGCAAAUCCCAAUUAGUUUUGGAAUUUUCUCUGUAAAUACACGAUGGGAGCUUACUUAUUUUUCUGCAUCUGGAGAAAAGGAAAAAGAAAAAAAUUGAAAAAAAAAAAAAAGAAUUGCAACUUCUGUACAGAUAAGAAGCAUUUUCUCAGGGCUGCCGAGGAUUGGGUAGCAGUUUCUUUUAUCGGAAUUUGUCUGAAUUAUAUUUCCCCUUUUGAUUUGAUCAAUACUCUUUCGGAUAAUUCUGUUUGUAAGUUCGUAUUAAUUAAUGUAAAUUACCUUCCAUUAAAA